AUGGGGGCCUCAUCCCUCCUUGCAGCGCUGACGUCUCCAUUGGUUUGGGGGCUGCUUUUGUACACCCUUUAUCUCGUUUAUUGUGGUACUACGACAAACGAAACUCUCAAAUGGUCGGAUUGGAAGGAAGACAUGCGCGAUGGUUUUGCAUUUCGUCGUUCUAUGCCAGCAAAUCGCCAGAAGAACGAACGAGUUGAGCCUCGCUUCACACGCUGGCCAGUUGAGGUCCAACAGGUAAUCGUCACUACUCAGGAUGGACAGCCCCCAAAGGAUGAACUUCGGUAUCCUGGAGAAGGUGAGUGGGAGAGGGUUUGGAACUUGAGCGAUGUCGAGAACUUGUAUGACAUGGGACUGUGGGAUAAUUUGGUCGAUAUAUUUGUCCGCGACUUUGGGUUUGGGAACAAAAAUGACGAACCCAAUGCCGAGAGACGGCGCAGGCGGUGA